AUGAAGCAUCCAUUCCAAAUAGUGGCAGUUAACAACGCUGGUGACUUGCUAUGCACAGCAACAAAAAACCAUAUCCAAGUUUUCAAAAUCUCAAGUGGUGAAAGAAUUGGUCAAUGGACAGAUGAAGCUGAUAAUACAGAAUCAAUUAAAGAAAAAAUACUUAAAGAACAAGAAAGACAAAAAAUUUUAAAACAACAAGAAUUAGAAGAAAAAGCUGCAAAAGCUGCUGAAGAAGGUACACCUGAAUCAAGUGAAGAACCACCUAAAAAGAAGAAGAAGAAGAGUAAAAAUAAAAACAAUGAUGGUGAACCAAAAAUACCAACUCCAGGUCCAGGUGCUCCAACUAUUUAUAAUUAUAUUAGAACUUUAAAAUUUUCAAGAAAUGGAAAAUACUUAAUUGGUACUACAGAUUCUGAUAAAUCUGUUGUUAUUUUUGAAAUUGAUUUAUCUAAUAAUGAAAAUAUUUUAAAAUUAAUUAAAAGACAACCAUUCCCAAAAAGACCUUCAUCAAUUACAACUUCAUAUGAUGAUUCUGAAAUCUUAUUAGGUGAUAAAUUUGGUGAUGUUUAUAGUACUAAAGUUGAUACACAAGAAGCUAGAGUGGUUAAUUCAGAAGCUGAACCAAUCUUGGGUCAUGUUUCUAUGUUAACAGAUGUAUUAAUUGGUAAAAAAAAUGAUGAACAAUUUAUUUUCACUGCUGAUCGUGAUGAACAUAUUAAAAUUUCUAAAUUUCCUCAAUCUUUUAUUGUUAAACAUUGGUUAUUUGGUCAUGAACAAUUUGUUUCUAAAUUAUUAAUACCUUCAUGGAAUGAAGAUUUAUUAAUUAGUGGUGGUGGUGAUGAUUAUAUAUUUUUAUGGGAUUGGUCAAAAGAAUCAAAUCAAUUAUUAGAUAAAUUUAAUAUUAGUGAAAUUGUUGAACCAUAUAUAAAUGAAUCUCAUUUAGCUCCUUCAAGAUUUCAAAAUGAAAAUAAUGAUUUACAAGAAACUUGUAUUUCUGAUAUAAUUACAAUUCCAGGGUUACCAAACAUAAUUGCAGUUUUAGUUGAAGCAACAAAUGUUGUAUUUUUAUUAAAAUUAGAAUCAAAUAAAAUUUCAUUAGAUAAAAUAAUAGAAUUAGAUUCUAAAAUCAUUUCAAUAACUUCAUCAAAUAAUCAAAUCAUUGCAUCUGUUGAAUCUGAAGAUAAUUUAUUAAGAUCAAUUGAUAUUAAUACUAAAACCGUAUCAAAUGAAUUAUCUGAAUCUUUUAAAAAAAUCACUGAAAACUCAUUUGUGGAAAUUCCUUCAAAAGAUGAAUUAUAUCCAUUAUAUCCAGUUUUUCAAUUACGUAAAAGAUCAGAACAUUAG